AUGUGCUCUGAACUACUGGGUCUGACAGAGAAUUUAAGUAACAUCAAUAAAUCAGGUGAAACUGUGCAGCCCUCUCGACUUACUGGAGCAAAAAAAGAGCAUACUGUGCUGGUUACUGGUACCAUAGCGAAACGAGUGAAACUGAGGCCCAGUGUGCUGCGCGAUCUUGCCGAGGAGCAACUCAUUCUUCCUCAGCCAAUCGCCGAGAACAAGUUAAUAGGAGAGGAGGACUAUCUGGAAUUUGAGGACGACGUGCAAAUCGUGCGUCUUGCUGGUGCAGUCAAAAUGGAUGACAUGGCAACGGGAUGCGUUGUUGGCCUGUAUGGAAAGCAACUUGAUGAUGAUAUUUUUGAAGUGAAUCGUGUAAUAUGGCCAUGCAAAGCACCACAACCACCUUAUCCAGCAUUCGAUGAUGACAGGUAUGUCAUGUUCGUCUCGGGCUUCUCAUUCACCGGCCAAACCGAGAAAGAUGCCCAGAAACUAGUCGCCCUUGAUUUGCUACAGAAGUGGCUCUGCGGUUCGUUAUCAGUAUCACCAAAGGAACGUGGCAUUGUGGAAAGACUGGUUCGGCUGGUUGUUGCUGGCGAAAGCGUUGCUAUCACGGAUCAAGGCAGAGAAUUUACAACGGCGGCACGAUAUCUGAUAAAAAACGAAGAAUGUCCGAACGUCGAAUGCGCCGCUCAUAUGGAUAAAUUUUUGUCGAAGAUUUCUAGUAUGCUCGAAGUUGAUGUGAUGCCAGGACUGGGAGACCCUUCAACUCACUUGAUGCCUCAACAGCCAAUUCAUCGUGCUGUGUUUCCGAAAAGUUCACAGCACGGGAAGAUGCUGAAUCUCGUCACAAAUCCCUAUCAUUUCAGCUUGGACGGUGUUCACAUAAUGGGAACCUCUGGUGAAAGUCUGUCAGACUUGAGACGAUUCGCAAAAGAAGCAAACAGUGUGGAUUUGUUAAGGAAAAUUCUUGACUGGCAGCACCUGGCUCCGACAGUCCCCGACACAAUCGACGGCUUCCCGUUUGCGGAACGAGACCCCUUUAUAAUUGAAACCUUCCCCCAUAUACUGUUUGCGGCUAAUCAGUCGGAAGUGUCGCAUGCUAUUGCUGAUUUCGAAGAUGGCAGAUGCACACUGCUACUAUCCGUGCCAAGUUUUACCAAGUCCUCUUCGGUGGUGCUUGUAAAUUUGCGUACGUUGGAAGUGAUCGAACAUAAGUUCUCUGUUGACAAGCUCGUCUGUGAUUCAUAG